GUGCCUGGUAGAGUUUUGAUUCAUCAUGGAUAAUCUGUCACCAGAAGAAAUUCAGCUGAGGGCUCACCAAAUUACUGAUGAGUCUCUGGAAAGUAUGAGGAGAAUCCUGGGUUUAGCCAUUGAGUCUCAGGAUGCAGGAAUCAAGACCAUCACUCUACUGGGAACAAUUAAACCGCAAAGAAGAAGGCAUGGCCAAAUAAAUAAGGACAUGAGAGAGGCCGAGAAGACUUUGACAGAACUCAACAAGUGCUGUGGACUCUGCGUAUGCCCUUGUAAUCGAACAAAGAACUUUGAGUCUGGAAAGGCCUAUAAGGCAACGUGGGGAGAUGGUGGAGGCAAUUCACCUAACAGUGUUGUUUCGAAGCAAACAGGCCGAGUCACCAAUGGUCAACCUCAGCAGACCUCCACAGGAGCAGCUAGCGGUGGAUACAUUAAACACAUAACUAAUGAUGCUAAAGAAGAUGAGAUGGAAGAAAACCUGACUCAAGUGGGCAGUAUCCUUGGAAAUCUAAAGAACAUGGCUCUGAAUAUGGGCAAUGAAAUUGAUGCUCAAAAUCAACAAGUACAGCGGAUCACAGAAAAGGCCGACACCAACAAAGAUCGUAUCGACACUGCCAAUACAAGAGCAAAGAAACUCAUUGACAGCGAAAGCUGCUGCUCAUCUUCAUCCUCUUCACUUCAGUAG